AUUAUGCAUUUAGAUAGUAAAAGCAAACAAGACAAGACACAGAGAAACAAUGGAUUCUUAUCUAAAUUCAAUCGCUCUCAAACCCUCCACCUUGUUCGGUGUCUUGUGAUUGUACAAUGUUUUUGUCUUCGUUCUCAUUAACAAAGAGAAUUUCUUCAAUGACUGCCCAACAACCACGGCUAUUGGAUUGAGUACUUAAACAUUUGUUUAAUCCCCAGGGGAUAGAGUUUCUUGAUUACAACAUAAUAACCCUUUCCUUAUAAACCCAAAUCCUCUCUUUAAUCAAUCCUGUUAAGCCAUUUCCACACAAAACCCAAUUCCAGAAUGAGUAAUUUUUCAUUCCCACCAAUUCGGUUACCUCCACUGCCACCGUCGCCGCCACCGCCGCCGCAACAGAAUGCCAACCUGCCUAUGUUGUACUAUGCACUUGUGGUGGUAGGAACAUCGGCAAUAGUGCUUGCAAUAUACAACCUGAUCAUCAUCAGGUUGUGUCAUUCAAGGCCAAGAUCGGACCGGUUUGCGGGAGUCACAGCAGGUGAUCGGAGUUUGGAGAAUCCGAGGAACAAUUGGUUGCCUAGUUUUAAGUACAAGAAGGCACAAGAACAGGGGAGCAAGGAGUUGGAUUUUGAGUGUGCAGUUUGCUUGUCUGUUUUUGAAGAAGGGGAGGAGGUAAGGCGAUUGCCAGUUUGUAAGCACUGUUUUCAUGCUCCCUGUAUAGAUACGUGGUUAUCUUCGCACCAUGAUUGUCCGCUCUGUCGUGCGCCGGUGAAUCCUCCUCCUCCCGUUUGUCAUCGAGGGAUAGAGAUCACGGAGAAUCCUCACGUAGGGUUGGUAGUUUUUCCUUCUCGGCUUGAGAUUUGAUUUGUGUUCAUUAAGGAAGCUGAAGCUGGAAACUUCUGUGUCUGCUUGUCUGAGUUCCUUUGAAUUUCGUUGAUUAAGGAAGGUGAAGUUAGAAACUUCUGGGUCUGUAUGUUUGGGUUCCUUCAACGAUGAUAUCUUUUUUUAACCUUAAA